AUAACGAUUAAUCGUGGUUCGAAAGUGUCCCGGAGAGAGUAAAUGGACCUGUAAAGUGAGCUGAAAUCUGGCGCAGAUCAACAGAUUCCAGUUAGAUUAGAUUAUUGGAUUGGCUACAACAGAUUAUCGCUCGUCUUUUUCCACAACACCAACUGGGAGAAGAGCGAGUAAUACGACGUUUCUAUGCAUUGAGUCUGUUAUUUAUCAGGUAAUCGCUAUGUUGACCAGCUUUAUGGAUGGAAUUCUCUGCUGUUUAACGGGUAAAUCUGCCAACGUUGUGGUUCCGAUUGAAACAUCUGAGCCUGCAGACGGUUUUGAGUUUGUGGAGGUGAAGCCCGGCAGGGUGCUGCGGGUCCGGCACAUCAUCCCUGACCGGCCAGUGGUGGAGGAGCCAGGCAGUGGAGAAGGAGGCAGCGUGAGCUGCAAGAGGAAAAUCACAGUGUACCGUAAUGGUCAGUUACUGAUAGAGAAUGUGAGUGAGGCGACACAUCCGGAGCUUGUGCGCUGUCAGAAUGGAGACAGCACUGUGGAGGUGGAGGAUCUGGACAGCCAUCACCCAGCCUCGAGACAAGCUGGAGACUCUAAUGCAGUAACACCCCAAGAGCAGCCUCAGCAGCCUCAGCGCAGGCGGCGCAAACCCAAACGCUCUGUCAUGAUUGACUGCGAGCGCAAAAUCACCUGCUGCAAAGAAACACACCCGGACGUGGCCUUGUUCUUCAUACACGGAGUAGGCGGGUCUCUGGACAUCUGGGGGAGCCAGCUGGACUACUUCUCCCAGCUUGGCUAUGAAGUUAUUGCCCCAGACCUCGCCGGACAUGGUGCGAGCUCUGCCCCUCAGAUUACCGCUGCCUACACGUUUUAUGCCCUGGCAGAGGAUAUUCGAAUAGUAUUCAAGAGAUACGCAAAGCGGCGGAAUAUUCUUAUUGGACAUUCUUACGGGGUGUCAUUUUGCACCUUCCUGGCCCACGAGUAUCCAGAGCAAGUUCACAAAGUGGUGAUGAUUAACGGUGGUGGCCCUACAGCUCUGGAACCCAGCCUUUGUUCAAUCUUCAACCUGCCCACAUGUGUGCUGCAUUGUUUGUCACCGUGCCUCUCUUGGAGCUUCCUCAUGGCUGGAUUUGCCCAUCAGGGGACAAAGGAAAAGAAACUUCUUAAAGAGAAAAAUGCCUUCAAUGUGUCCUCUUUUGUGCUGCGGUCUAUGAUGAGUGGUCAGUACUGGCCGGAGGGUGACGAGGUCUAUCAUGCUGAAAUCACUGUGCCCACUCUCCUGGUGCACGGCAUGUAUGACAAGUUUGUGCCAAUACAAGAGGACCAGCGCAUGGCGGAGAUUCUACUUCUGGGCUUUCUGAAGGUCAUUGAUGAGGGAAGCCACAUGGUAAUGAUGGAAUGCCCUGAGACAGUUAACACUCUGUUACAUGAGUUUUUCCUGUGGCAGCCGGCCACUACCUCAAAACCCAAACAAGACUCUGCACUUCCACCAAUCGCUAACAAAACCUCCAACUCUAAAGAGACAGCAAGGCCGACAACUGCACCCAAGAUUAUGGCCUCAAAGCCUGAACAAGACCUGACAAGGCCAACAACGGCUCCAAAGUCUGGCCAAGAGGAGGCAGAAACAAGAAAGUAACACAAACGAAAGGGCAGUCUGGCUGCCGUAUAAGAGUUUAUGCUUUUUUAAUUGUGAAAAAGUACACUGCCUGAGCUUCUGCAGGCUCUACGGAUGAGCAAUGACCCAGUAUGAUGAGCAUGAUGAUGCAAAAGUAUCUCUUGUAAAAUGAAGCACAUAAUGUAGACAUAAAUAUCCAACAAGGGAAAAA